AUGGCUUCAAAAGAUAAAAUUCUCCCAAAGCAGGGGCAGCGGAACGUUUUAAUCACCUCCGCAUUGCCGUAUGUGAACAACGUGCCCCAUCUUGGAAACAUCGUCGGCAGCGUCCUGAGCGCCGAUGUCUUUUCUCGGUAUAACAAAGCUCGAGGACGACCUACACUCUACGUUUGCGGUACCGACGAAUACGGCACUGCGACGGAGACCAAAGCCCUUGAAGAGAAAGUGACACCAGAAGAAUUAUGCAGGAAAUACAACAGAAUACAUGCCGAUGUUUACGAAUGGUUUGAAAUCGGCUUCGACAUAUUUGGGCGCACACCGACCAGACAACAUACAGAGAUCUCCCAGGAUGUAUUCACGAAGCUGUACAGGAACGGUUUCUUGGAAGAGAAAUGGACUGAGCAGCCAUACUGCGAGUCGCAUAACAGAUUUCUCGCCGAUCGCUUCAUCGAGGGUACCUGUCCAACGUGUGGCUACGAAGACGCGAGAGGAGACCAAUGCGACAAGUGUGGAGUUCUGCUUGAUGAUCCUCUAGACCUGAUAAAACCACGAUGUAAGGUUGACGGGGCAACUCCUGUUCGGCGGAGGACAAAGCAUACGUUCCUUCUCCUUGGUAAAUUGCAGCCAAGGAUUGAAGAGUUCACGAAGCUUUCAACAGAGAAGGGUGCUUGGUCGAAGAAUGGGCGAAUUAUCACAGAGUCAUGGCUGAAAAAGGGUUUGAAGGAUCGGGGUAUCACAAGAGAUCUAUCUUGGGGCGUACCCGUCCCUUUACCAGAAUAUGAAAACAAGGUUCUCUAUGUGUGGUUUGAGGCUUGCAUUGGGUACCCUUCGAUCACCGCCAAUUACACUCCAGAGUGGAAGCAGUGGUGGCACAACCCCGACGAGGUAAAGCUCUAUCAGUUCUUGGGCAAAGACAACGUACCCUUCCACUCGGUCAUCUUCCCUGGUUGCCAGAUGGGCUCAGGCGAUAAUUGGACCAUGCUUCACCAUCUCUCAGCCACUGAAUACCUCAACUACGAAAACGGCAAGUUCAGCAAGUCCCGUGGCGUUGGCGUCUUCGGCAACAACGCAAAGGACACCGGCGUACCACCAGAUGUCUGGCGCUACUAUCUCAUGAAGAACAGACCUGAGACGGGCGACACGCAAUUUGAAUGGCAAGCCUUCAUCGACGGCAACAACUCUGAACUGCUGGCCAAACUCGGCAACUUCGUCAACAGAAUCAUCAAGCUCGUCAACAGCCCCAAAGCCUACAACGGUACCAUCCCGGACGCCUUCUCAGCCUCCAACCUCCCCGACACCUUCACCACCCCCCUCUCGGAGAUAACAGACCUCCUAAUCCAAUACCUCGCCGAAAUGGAAGCCGUCCGCCUGCGCUCCGGCAUCCUCCUCGCCAUGAAGAUCGCCGAAGCCGGAAACGGCCUCAUCCAGUCCCACCGGCUCGACAACGCCCUCAUCGCCAACCACCCCAACCUCGCCGCCGCCGUCACCGGCACAGUCCUCAACCUCAUAUAUCUCUGCUCCGCCGUCUUCGAGCCCUACCUCCCCGCCACCUGCGCCUCGAUCCGCGAGCAGCUCGCCGUCCCUUUCCUCCAGAUUCCGUCCGAAGAAGAAAUCGCCGGUGCCGGGGGCUGGAAACCGACGUACCUGAAAGCGGGCCACCGGAUCGGGAAGGCGAGUUAUCUGUUCACGAAGAUAGACGACAGCAAAGCGGGGUACUGGCGUGAGAUGUAUGGUGGGAACCAGGAGGAGAGGAGGAAGAAGGAGGAGGAGGCGGCGAAAAUAGCGGCCAAGAAGGCGGCGAGUAAGGCCAAGGCGAAGGAGAAGAAGGCGGCCAAGAAGGACGGUGCUGGGAAGAAGGAGGCGGAUGGGGAUGGGGAUGGAAAGGCGGUCAAGGGAGAGGAGGCAGCGACCGUGGAUGGAGAGGUGGGAGCGCCACGGGACGAAGGGGAAGUGAGAAUCGAAGAGGGGGAGGCCAUGAAUGAGGUGUUGGAUGGAGUGGCGCAGGUCACGUUGCCCAAGUCUUGA